AUGGCAUCACGGCCUGCUCCCAGCCGGCCGGCGCCCGUCUCGCGUGCUGCAGCGCCUGUUCCCAGGCAGAAGCAAGCCUUCUUCCAUACUACGAACCGGCUGAUGGCUACGCCCAAGGACCCUUAUGCCAUCCUCGGCGUGCCUAGGACCGCGACCCAAGCCGAGAUCAAGAAGGCCUACUACGGCUUGGCCAAGAAGUACCACCCGGAUACCAACAAGGAUCCUGGCGCCAAGGAUAAGUUCGCCGAGAUCCAGUCUGCCUACGAGAUCCUUUCCGACCCGGAGAAGCGCAAGCAAUUCGACCAGUUCGGUCCCGCCGCCUUCGACCCCAGUGCCGGUCCGGGCCCAGGCCCCGGCGGUGCUGGCGGUGAGCACCCGUUCAGUGGCUUCGGCGGCCCAUUCAGCGGCUUCGGCUUCGGCGGUUUCGGCAGGGGCUUCGGCGCGGACAUGGGCUUCGAGGACGUCUUUACGGCUUUCACGGGCCGCCGCGGCCCCAUGCGCGGCACCCAGUUCAUGCGCGGCGACGACAUCGAAGUCCAGGUGACGAUCUCCUUCAUGGAAGCAGCCAAAGGCACCACCAAGACCAUCAACAUCAUGCCGCUCGUCUCCUGCCAUACCUGCUCAGGCAGUGGCCUGCGCCCGGGCACCAAGCGCACAACCUGCCGCGCUUGCGGCGGCACCGGCGAGCGCUUCGUUGACGCCGGCCCCAUCUCCUUCGGCAGCACCUGCGGCAGCUGCAACGGCACGGGCUUCAGCGUCCCGCGCAGCUCCGAAUGCCGCACCUGCGGCGGCGACGGCGUUGUUCGUGAACGCAAGUCUAUCACUGUCGACAUCCCUGCCGGCGUGGAGGACAACAUGCGUCUGUCGAUCAACGGCGAGGGCGAUUACCCUGCCACAGGGCGCGCCGCGACCGAAGAUGUCCACGCCACGCCCGGCAACCUGCACGUCCGCGUGCGCGUCGCCCGCGACAAUACCUUCAGCCGACAAGGCGCUGACAUCCUGUACACCGCGACCAUCCCCCUCACGACGGCUAUCCUGGGCGGCGAGGUGACCAUUCCCACGCUGGACGGCGAGGCGCGCGUGCGCGUGCCGGGAGGGACGAACACGGGGGAUAAAAUGACGCUCGCAGGGAUGGGCAUGCCAAAGCUGGGGACAAGACUUGGCAGGCACGGUGAUUUGCGCGUGGAGUUCCGCGUUGCGAUGCCCAAAUAUUUGUCGUCGAAUGCACGCGCGCUGGUAGAGAUGUUGGCGGAUGAGAUGGGAGAUAAGACGGCUAAGAGGAUCAUGGGGAUCGGGAAGAGCUCGGGUGACGAUGCCGAGUCGCAUAAGCAUGAGGGCUUCCUCAAGUCCCUGUGGCAUAACCUGACCAACCACCCGGCGCAUCAGCAGAAGGCGGAGGGCGCUGAGGAAAGUAAGGAGGGUUCCGCGAAGAAGGACGAUGAUAAGCAGUCUGGCUCUGGGACCGGGCUGUGA